CCACCGCUGCUUUACAUCAGUGAAUGACCGUUUCCGGUAAAGAGGUUUGACCACUCACGGACACCGUAAGUGUAACGUGACCGGAAUAUCCCGCAUGUCGGGGAGAAAUUAGAAUCACUGCUAAGCGUGCUGCCAGUAUGGAGGGAGAGGCCCUCUCCGCCCUGUGUACCCCUGCUCUGGUGGUGGAUGUGAACAAAGUGAAGAGAAAUGCCCAGAGGAUGAUCGAACGCUGUCAGAAGCUGGGGGUCCAGCUUCGGCCACACAUGAAGACCCACAAAACCCUUGAGUGUGCUGAAAUAAUGACGGGUGGAUCACGGAGGUGCAUCGUGGUUUCCACACUGGCAGAGGCCUGUUUUUAUGCCGACCAAGGAUUUGAUGACAUCCUCUAUGCAUACUCUCUUCCCUUUGAUAAGGUGGAGCGCUGUGCAGCGCUGUCAGAGAGGCUGGAUCUCUUCCAACUUUUAGUGGAUCAUCCUCAUGCUCUGGAGCAGCUCAAAAAGAGACCACUGAGAGACGGUCGGCUGUGGCACGUCUGGAUGAAACUCGACUGCGGCAACGGAAGAGCCGGUGUCCUGCACUCAGAACCUGAGGCGCUCAGAUUGGCUCAUGCUAUCGCCGAGACGGAGGGCGUGGAGCUAGUAGGGGUGUACGCUCACUGUGGGAACACCUACAACUGCAGAGGAGUGGAGCAAAUACAGGCUGUCGCCCAGGAAACCACCACCUUGACUCUGCAGUUCAUGGAAAAACUGAAGGCUGCUGGGAUCGUCUGUAAGUCCAGCAUUGGCUCCACCCCUUCCUGUAGUCACCCAGUCAAAGACAUGGCGCGGCUCAGCGAGGUGCAUCCUGGAAACUACAUCUUCUAUGACGUGCAGCAGUCUGUGAUUGGCUCGUGCAGUCUGGAGGAUGUGGCUGUGAGGGUUUUGACGAGAGUCAUCGGACACUGUCCUCACAGGAACCAGCUCCUGAUUGACUGUGGAUGGAGUGGACUCAGUCUAGACGGAGCUGGAAAACUUCCCACUGGAUAUGCUGUGAUUGAAGGACACCCAAACCUCAAGUUGUUGUCUAUGACCCAGGAGCACGGUAGUGUGGAGCCCAUCUCAGGACCGCUGGACUACAACAAAUACCCCCUGGGCUCUCUGCUCACACUGAUCCCCCACCAUUCGUGUGCAACCGCGAUGAUGCAUCCCGUGUACCACGUGCACUCUGAGGGCCGUCUGCUGGGGAGGUGGACACCAACACGCGGGUGGUGAACAGCUGUCCACCUGUUCACUCAUACAUGAGCUUGUUAGAAUAGCUAAAUGAACACUGGGGGGAAAAGGACUUCUUAGAGCAACUAAUGUCACCUGUAGUUGAUUUUAUACAUAGUGGACGUCUAUGAUUGAAUAUUCACCUCUUCUUAACCUAACACAGCAUGAUGGCCGUCCACCAUUGAGUCUGGUUCUGUCCAAGGUUUCUGCCUCUUAAAGGAAGUUUUUCCUUGCCACUGUUGCCAAGUGCUUGCUCAUGGUGGGAUUUGUUGGGUCUCUGUAAUUAAUAUUAUAAAGGGUACGGUCUAGACCUGCUCUAUAGGAAUAGUGCAAUGAGAUAACUUCGGUUAUGAAUUGGCGCUAUAUAAAUAAAAUUGAAUUGAAAUAAAUAAAUUGAAUUCUUGGAAAGAAGAGUGUUAUAUUCCAAAAUAUAAGUGUAGAAGUAUUCCAAAGCAACUGAUUAAAUAACAAAGUAUUUUACGCAGAUCUAUUCUCCAAAUGUGUUAUCUGAAUCAAUGUGGGAAAAGAAAUGUAGAAAAGAAUACCUGUAUGCUUUUAAAUGAAUUAAUAAAUGAAAGCUUUAGGACUA